AUGGCAUCGAUUGAGAUAUCGACUCAUUUAGAGUCGCGCUCACCAACUUCGGCAGGACAAGAUCUCGUUGUAUCCUCGAGUGAACCUCUCGCAAUUGAUAUUGAUACUUCUCUAAGCAACCCCGCAUCGAUUGAUAUGUCAACUCAAACAGGGUCAAUUGAUGUAUCAAUCCAAACAGAGGUGCGCCUUCCAACUUUGACAGGACAUAAUCUUGUUGCGUCUUCGAGCAAGCCUCCCACAACUGAUACUUCUCUGAGCAACCCCGAAUCUCUUACUUCUUCUGGAGCAGAUGAUUUGAACGCUGAUCCGGUGAUUUCGGCACCACAAGUCACACCUACAAAAUUGGUUCUCCUCCAGGCCCUGUGGGGUUGGUUGAAAGACACAGAAAUAAAAAGUAGCCCGUUAACGCUAGCUAUAACGUCACUUGGUCUUAUCGCCGCAGUAAUAUAUGGAACCUCUACUUGGAUGCAAUCGAGCACUGCUGCCGAAUCUACCGCAAAAGCAAACCGGUUAGCUCUUUGCACGGCAUGUGUAUCAUUUCCAGAUCAACCGAAUAUCGUCAAUUCGUAUUUCUGUAGAGCAAACCGCGAUGCUAGCUUAGAUGCAUUUUCUAAACGCGACGUAGCAGCCAUCAGUCUGCCGGUAUUAUGGGAUAUGGAUGUGCUUGCAGAAGCUCUGGAAAUUGUACAACCUGCCUGGCAAUGUAAAGCUGUGUGUGGACAGGAAAGGGUGCUUCAUCCGCCAGACUUAAAUCUCAUGCUCUCUAUUCCGAUAUCGAAUGGCGAAAUUUGUCACCUCGACUGUCUUGAACCAAUUCAGACGACAACUUUUGAGAAAAAACAUGGCCAAUCAAUGUUCAAUGCAAUAGGUGUUAUCAUGUUAUUCUCUUCAAUUGCACCGAUAUUAUCUAAAAAGUAUCCUAACGUCUACGCCAUCGCCAGUGUCCCUAUACUUGUAACGUAUUUUGUGAUAACCCCGGUCUCGUUGAUAUAUUUCUUUUGUAUAUUAUAGUUCUGAACUGUCUCAUCAAACUAUCACGUCAUCAAUUGCUUGCCGAUUUGUCAGCUUAGGCUUGAAACAGCUCGCCUAGGUCAAGAUAAUAGGCCUCAUUCUUUCAGUCUGCACCGUCUUUACCGUGGCCCGCUCAACAACAAUACUGCACUUCUUCUGGUCACCCAAUUCAUCGGUUCUUAACCUGCAGUGUUCCAUUUGCUGAGUUCAUCUUUGGCUUGUCCAGGGAAGACAGCUCUCUUGUCUCUUUUCUGCAGAAUAAUGUGCAAGUGUCGCCGUGGAUUCAAUGUUUUAAGGAAAUUAUAAGACUACUUAGUGAUAUUCGGCCGCCACGAGUAUAUUUUCUAGCUGAUACGGGUUUGAAUAUGGUUCUACGCAAACAGCCGCGGAACAGAGUCGAAGUAAAGAGAGAGAAAACAGACUAGGGAAGAACUGCAAGCUGAGGGGAGAGUAAAUAGUUUGACUUUCUUUCAACACUUACUUUCUAUGUAAGAGUUAUGGCCCUGGCUUAUCACACACUUAGCGAAAACACACCAAAAACCCUCAUUUUUUCAACUUUUUAAUUAUAUAUUAUUUUGAUAUAUAAAUAGAUUGA